AUGGCCAGCGCCACAGGGAAAGCAGGCUCCAAAAUUGUCACGAAAACCUCAACUGGGGGUGGUGGAGCAGGUACUGGUAGUGGUGCAGCUCUUCCUAUAGCGUCUCCGCUUAUGGGUGGGCUCAAUAAAAAGAAAAAGCCCUUUUUGGGCAUGCCAGCACCGCUUGGCUACGUACCUGGUCUUGGUAGAGGUGCUACUGGUUUCACAACCCGAUCUGAUAUUGGUCCCGCUCGUGAUGCUAACGACCCAGUGGACGAUCGCCAUGCCCCUCCAGGAAAGAGAACAGUGGGAGACCAGAUGAAGAAAAAUCAAGAUGAUGAUGAUGAAGAUCUGAAUGACACCAAUUAUGAUGAGUUUAAUGGCUAUGCAGGAAGCCUUUUCUCCAGUGGACCAUAUGAGAAAGAUGAUGAAGAGGCUGAUGCCAUUUAUGCCGCUCUGGAUAAGAGGAUGGAUGAGAGACGCAAAGAGAGAAGGGAGCUGAGGGAAAAGGAGGAAAUUGAGAAGUACCGUAUGGAAAGACCAAAAAUCCAGCAACAGUUUUCAGACCUCAAGAGAAAACUGUCAGAGGUGUCAGAGGAGGAGUGGCUGAGCAUCCCUGAGGUCGGCGAUGCCAGAAACAAACGCCAGAGGAACCCACGCUAUGAGAAACUUACUCCUGUGCCAGACAGCUUCUUCUCCAAACACCUCCAAGGAGGGGAUAACCACACCACAGUAGACCCUCGCCAAGGGCAAUUUGGAGGUCUGAACACUCCGUUCCCUGGGGGUUUGAACACUCCUUACCCUGGGGGCAUGACUCCGGGAGCAGGAGAACUGGACAUGAGGAAGAUUGGACAGGCUAGAAACACGCUAAUGGACAUGAGGCUCAGUCAGGUGUCAGAUUCAGUGAGUGGACAGACAGUGGUUGACCCUAAGGGAUAUCUCACAGAUCUGAACUCCAUGAUCCCGACACAUGGUGGUGACAUCAGUGACAUUAAGAAGGCGCGUCUUUUGCUGAAGUCUGUGAGAGAGACCAACCCCCAUCACCCCCCUGCCUGGAUUGCCUCGGCACGUCUGGAGGAGGUCACAGGCAAACUGCAGGUGGCCAGGAACCUCAUAAUGAAAGGCACAGAGAUGUGUCCAAAGAGUGAAGAUGUGUGGUUGGAAGCUGCCCGUCUCCAGCCGGGGGACACGGCCAAAGCUGUGGUGGCUCAGGCCGUGCGUCACCUCCCUCAGUCCGUGCGCAUCUACAUCAGAGCGGCCGAGCUGGAGACCGACGUCAGGGCCAAGAAGCGCGUGCUGAGGAAAGCUCUGGAGAACGUGUCGAAGUCCGUGCGUCUGUGGAAGACAGCCGUGGAGCUGGAGGAGCCAGAAGAUGCCAGGAUCAUGCUAAGCAGGGCAGUGGAGUGCUGCCCAACCAGCGUGGAGCUGUGGCUGGCCCUGGCUCGGCUGGAGACGUACGAGAACGCCAGGCGGGUUCUUAACAAGGCCCGUGAGAACAUCCCCACUGACAGACACAUCUGGAUUACAGCUGCCAAGCUGGAGGAGGCCAAUGGUAACACGCAGAUGGUGGAGAAGAUCAUAGACAGAGCAAUCACGUCCCUACGUGCCAACGGAGUUGAAAUCAACCGCGAGCAGUGGAUUCAGGAUGCUGAGGAGUGUGAUAAGGCAGGCAGUGUGGCUACAUGCCAGGCCGUGAUCAGAGCUGUGAUUGGCAUUGGCAUUGAAGAAGAGGACUGCAAACACACGUGGAUGGAGGAUGCUGACAGUUGUGUCGCUCAUGGGGCUCUGGAGUGUGCCCGGGCCAUCUAUGCCCAUGCCCUGCAGGUCUUCCCCAGUAAGAAGAGUGUGUGGUUAAGGGCAGCUUACUUCGAGAAGAACCAUGGCACGCGGGAGUCAUUAGAGGCUCUGCUGCAAAGAGCUGUAGCCCACUGUCCAAAGGCCGAGGUCUUGUGGCUAAUGGGGGCCAAGUCUAAAUGGCUGGCUGGAGAUGUGCCUGCGGCCAGAAGCAUCCUGGCUUUGGCCUUCCAGGCAAACCCCAACAGUGAGGAGAUCUGGCUGGCUGCUGUGAAGCUGGAGUCUGAAAACAACGAGUAUGAGAGAGCCCGUCGGCUCUUGGCCAAGGCCCGCAGCAGUGCCCCCACCGCCAGGGUGUUUAUGAAGUCAGUGAAGCUAGAGUGGGUGCUAGGGAACAUCGAGGCUGCACAGGAGCUGUGCACAGAAGCCUUGAAGCAUUACGAAGAUUUCCCAAAGCUGUGGAUGAUGAGGGGCCAGAUUGAGGAACAGUCAGAGAACUUAGACAAGGCCCGAGAGGCCUACAACCAGGGGCUGAAGAAGUGCCCACAUUCCAUGCCGCUUUGGUUGCUUCUCUCCCGACUAGAGGAGAGGGUAGGUCAACUCACUCGGGCCAGAGCCAUCCUGGAGAAAGCUCGUCUCAAAAACCCACAGACUCCAGAGCUAUGGUUGGAGUCUGUUCGGCUGGAGUACAGGGCAGGCUUAAAGAACAUUGCCAACACUCUUAUGGCCAAAGCCCUGCAGGAAUGCCCCAACUCAGGGAUUCUUUGGGCCGAGGCGAUUUUCUUGGAGCCUCGACCUCAGAGAAAGACGAAGAGCGUUGACGCUCUGAAGAAGUGCGAGCACGAUCCACACGUCCUCCUGGCUGUCGCUAAGUUGUUUUGGAGUGAAAGGAAGAUAACCAAAGCCAGAGAAUGGUUCCUGCGCACAGUAAAGAUUGAGCCAGACCUAGGCGACGCCUGGGCCCUCUUCUAUAAAUUUGAACUGCAGCAUGGGACUGAGGAGCAGCAGGAGGAGGUGAAAAAGCGCUGCGAGAACGCAGAGCCACGACAUGGGGAGCUGUGGUGUGCAGAGUCCAAACACAUUCUCAACUGGCAGAAAAAAAUCGGCGAGAUCCUGGUGUUGGUGGCCGCAAAGAUCAAAAAUACAUUCUAAGCCUUUGACUGUCACACACAAUGUAUAAGUAUAUCCAUGUAUAAAAAUAAUGUGUAUGCUUUGUUUCUUGAUGAUUGUGAAAGGAGAAACAAGUGAAUUUUGUCCUUUUAAAAUAAUUUUGUUAAAAUAGUUUUGUUGGAACAAUGACAACUUGUUCUUGGUUUGACUGGGCUAAUUGUGUGUUCACUCUGGCUAGUUUUAACAGCCUUGAAGAAAUUUAGAAAUGUCUGUCCACUUAAAAGUCUCUGAAUCUCGGUAUCACGACUCAUUGAACCCUGUUUUCUUUGCCCUUUUUUGUGUUUAUGCAUUUGUGGGUUCCAGGA